UACCGGCUAUGAGUGUAUAAAAAGAGUUGUAUCUUUCGGAACAACAAGUUAGUGAAAGACGUUAUCAACUCAUCAAGAAAUGUCUCUGGUGAAAACCAUUUCCUUUGACAACAACUCCAUUCCGUGGCUUUUGUGGCGACCUCCGCAAACGGAAAUGUUGGGAGAAUCUCCGCCAGAAAGGUUCUCUUUCGAUGGCCCAAAAGUGGUGGCGUUUCAUUUCUUGGCUAACAGAUACGCUGACAAUCUGUCCAAGUGGAUAAAACUGCUCGACCAGUUAGCACUGGAGUACUCCGGUCGUAUUCUGUUUGGACUGCGGGAUAUUUCCACUAUAUCGGAGUUUAAUGCGAAUCUAGAUCCGUAUGACUUUGGCAGCUACAGGAAGGGAUUACCUCCGAGGAUCUAUGGCAAGGACCGCGAGGGUCGAGUCUACGAAAUGCACAAGUUGGUUAGCGCCAAAUAUCUCAGGGAAUUUUGUGAUCAGCUCCUGCAGGAACAACUCUUCAGGGCUGUGGUUCUUGGACCCACUCCUGCACAGGACUCCAAGCCGCAAAACUACUAUGAACUCUGGGAACAAACCAGUGGAGACAUGCUGGUGAUGCUCUACGAUCCUGCCUGCUAUUACUGGCCCAUCCAGCAGCGAAUGCUGCGCAAACUAGUCCAUCUUUUAUCCAGCGAAGAUCUUCCAAUUGUGAUUAUUGAUAAGGCGAAUAACUACCUCGGAGUGCGAUUCACUCUCUGGCUGCAGAUUGUCAACUGCCACGGAUCCAUCAUGUUCUCUACGCCACGUAGGGAUGGCUGGGAUAUCAAGAUGCAAACUCGACUGGACAGCACACGUGGCUAUCUGCGAUAUAUUGCCCAAAACAGACAGCCGGAAUUGAAAGACUUUGAUGCCGAGGGGGAGCUCAGGGCACCAGAGGAAGCCUUGGAAUUCGUCCAGUAUUUGUUUUAAAAAAGAAAAUAUUUUUGCUAGUUUUUAAGAAUAUAAGGAAAUAUUUCCAAAAAGUCACUCAAAUGCCACAAUUUAAACGCAUGUUCAAU